CACAGUCUCACGUAAUGUUGUCGAUGAAUAAACUACUGUUUAUGCAUUUAUUGUUUAUCUAUGGAGCCCAUUGUAACACUGAUUUGAAGUAUCACAUGCAACCGGACGAUGUUGAUUCAGGAAAGUACGAUCAAUUAUCAAAAAAUCCACACCAUAUCUGUACUAGAGUCUGCAAGCCAGGGGAUUAUAGAGUUUGCUACUACCGAUUCGUGGUAGAACACUACAUGACCAUGAAUGGUGCAUGUGGAAACUGUCCGAAUGAUACGUCGGCCUGCUCCGCCCAAGGCUGCGUUACAGCUGAUGGGUUUGAGAAAUCUGUCAUUACCUUCAACAGAAAACUGCCUGGACCAUCCAUUCAGGUGUGCAAGGGAGACACAGUGAUUGUUGAUCUUAAGAACCAUAUGGCCGGUGCCUGCGUUACCAUCCACUGGCACGGUCACCUCCAGAAGCACUCCAAGUUCAUGGACGGAGUGCCGAUGGUCACUCAGUGUCCUAUAUUAGAGGGCCAGAUAUUCCGGUACACCUUUAAAGCUGAUUAUCCCGGCACCCAGUGGUACCAUUCGCAUAGUGGUCUCCAGAAGGUGGACGGCAUGGCCGGUGCAUUGAUUAUACGAUGUCCCAAGGAAGAAGAUCCUCACAGGAAGUUGUAUGAUUAUGAUCUUCCAUCUCAUGUUUUGGUAGUGCAGGACUUACAGCACAAUACAGCAGAGACAGUGUAUCCGGGGGUCUGGACACGAGGUCUGGACCAGCUGGCUAGUACUUACCUCAUAAACGGACGGGGGCACUACCUAAACGGAACUAAGUUUCCUCUAUCUGAAUUCAACGUGACUAAAGGCAAGCGCUACGUGUUCCGUGUCAUAGCUGCCACUUGUUAUACCUGCCAAUACAGCAUGUCCAUCGAGAAGCACAAAAUGACCAUAUUAGGAGCAGACGGAUCGUACACAAAACCCUAUGAAGUUGAUCGCUGUAACAUGUCCCCAGGGGAGCGGUUUACAGUGAAGAUUGAUUGUAAUCAAAAGAAAGGUGCUUACUGGAUACGAGUGAGAAGUGUAGGUGCGUGUGCUAGUAAGAAGGCUUAUCAGCUGGCAAUUUUAAGGUAUAAUGGUUACAACGGUAUGCCCUCAACCCCAAGACCUAAUUACGACACAGACAUCAACGACGCUGGAACGGCAGUUAAUCCUUCAAGAUCCAAUUGCACUGAGGAAAAUAGAAAAACACUUGGACCCUGCAUUUCCCAAUUACAAGGCACAGAAGAAACUCCGAAACACAUUCUUCAAACAUGUGACCAGACAGUUAUUAUGGCUGUGGGAUUUUAUCGUUUUCCUAAUAACACUCCAUAUACUGACCGUGAGAAGUACCCAAAAUAUAUUUCUGUCGGCGCUAACAGUUUUAGCAGUACAGUCAAUGGGAAAACGUACAUUCUUCCACCAUCCCCGUUAUUGUCUCAGUACAGAGAUGUUCCUGGGCACUUGUACUGUCCACAAGAUGACUACUCAAACUUAACUCGCUGGAAUACUGAGCUCCACGAGUGUGUACAUGUCAUCAAGCUACGGAAGAAGACAUGCGUAAAAUUUAUUAUUGUUGAUACAGGAAAUUUUUUGAGCCAUCCAAUGCAUCUUCAUGGGUACAACUUCUACGUUAGUAGAAUGGGAAUAUUACCUGGCAAUGGAACCUUCAGUGACAAAAUGAACGCUUUGUUGAAGGAGGAGAAAAACAAACCGUGUCAGGGUUCCCACAUAGUUCAGAAGGACACUGUGGCAAUACCUCCUGGGGGAUAUUGCAUUGCAUGUAUCUACACUGAUAAUCCCGGUUACUGGCUGUUUCAUUGUCAUUUCGCCUACCAUUACGAGUCAGGCAUGGGGGCUGUAAUGAUGGUAGGGGAAGAGUGGGACAUUCCCAAACCACCUGAGGGGUUCCCAACAUGUGGAGAUUACCUUCCACGGUGGCGAGGUUCUCACGAGAAGAGCGAUGAGUAUAGCGCUAGCGACAGCAGUGGGUACGGGCAUAGAUAUGGAUAAACCAGUGUUUUAAAACUGUUUUGUCGAUUAAGAAGAAAUGAGUUUGUAUUAAGAAUCAGAAUAAACCAUAUGCAUUACUUA